AAUGCUAUUCCGACUUGUCUCCACUCUCCUUCUUGCUCAAACCACAUCAGCAUUCUUCUUCGGAGGAGGUGGUGGAGGUUGUGGAUGUCAGCAGGCGCCAGCUUGCGCUCCACAUCCAGCUCCAGCUCCAUGCUCUGGAGGUAACAUCGUUCAAGGAUACGUUGGUGCUCCACAGCAAGGAGGAUAUGCUGCUGCUCCACAAUAUCCACAACAGGGAGGAUACGGAGGAGCUCAACAAGGCUUCCAAGCUGCCCCAGCUCCAUACCAACCCCAAGGAGGAUACCAAGCUGGUCCAGCACCAGUUCAAGGAUAUCAACCACAAGCUCAAGUCCCAGCUGGAGGAUAUCAAGCUCCAGUUCAACCAGCUCCGGGACCAGCUGAGGUUGCUCCAGCUCAAGUUCAAGCCGGAGGAAAUUACCAAGAUGCUCCAGCCCAAGUCGCGGAAGUUGCUACAGCUCAGGAAUCGGCUCCACCACCAUCAGAAGCUGCUUACACUGGGGAACAAGAAGUAGUAGCUUCCCUUGCCCGUGAAGAGCCAAACUACCAGAACACUGGCACCAAUGUGAUCGAAGCGGCUCAGCACGCUUCCGAGCUUGGAAACCAGGCCGCUGCCGCUGCCGCCAAGGUCGCAGAAGUCGUUGAAGAAGAAGAAGAGCCAAUCAAAAAGAAAGACGAAGGAAAGACUACACAUAUGAAGACCGUUAAAGCUCCAGCUGCUGCUUCCUCAACCACUGCCGCUGCUGCCUCGACAUCUACAGAAUUUCCAGUUGGAGAAGAGAUUGUUGCAGACACCAACGAAAAGGAAGUUGAUAUCAGUGAACUUCACCUUACCGAUGACCCACUCUGCAACUCUGAUGAUUUGAGAAAGGUUGUUAUCGAUAACAUCGAUGACCAAUUGAACAGCUCAAAGAGAAUGAUCCAAUUGGCAGCUGAGGCCCAAUUCGGUGGACGAUUUGAUGUGAUUUGCGCAAAUGGCGAUUUUAGCUAUGUGACCAACACCGAGCUCUACUGCCAAGAGACCAAAGGGGAUAUCUCAUGCUACACCUACCGUCAAUUGUAAAUAUAGAAAUCAAAGAUUUCAAAAACAGUGUUCCAAGUGCAAUAUAGAAAGGAAAUUGUUUCAUUUUCUUCUCCUCUUUGUUAUAUUAUUUCCUGGUUCGACUAAUAAUAAAGUAUUCGCUUAAU